CGGAAGUUAAGUCGACUGGAUUCGCUCGCGCUCUGCAUGCAGAGCUCGCUGCACCAGCAGAUGAGCAGGAAUAUUUUUGAUGUAAGCCUCAUGAUUAUGCGUGGCAUUUGGAAGCCAUCACCCCUGCAUUUGUAGGCCCAAUUAACAUGGGCAGAUUGACAGCAUUUGAGGUGGUGUUCGACGGAGACAAUGUGGAUGUCUUCAGCUCUGGAGACGUCUUAAAUGGCUACAUCCGAGUCGUUCUAAUUGCUCCGAAAGAUGAUAUCAAAGCCAUCAAAGUCAAGUUCAAGGGAAAGGCUCACACUUGCUGGACGGAGGGAUCUGGGGAAGAUAAGGAGAGUUACACAGCCAGUGAGAUAUACUUCAAUGAGAAACGUGUCUGUUGGGAGAAAGAUGACAAGACCAGGCGUUGCUUGGAGGCCGGAGAGCAUCGCUUUCCAUUCUCCUUCAAGAUCCCCAACAUUCCGCUGCCAUUCUCGUUUGAGUCGAGCGUGGGCUGGAUCCGCUACAAAGUGGAGUGCAAGAUCGAUCGGCCCUGGAAGUUCAACCAUCACACGGAGAGGUUGUUCACUGUCACAGGGCAGCCAAUCGAUCUCACAACCAUGCCAAAUGCCAUGCACCCUGUACGCAGGGAAGACACCAAGAGCGUCUGCUGCCUGUGCUGUGAGACUGGUCCCAUCAUCACCAAAGCCUCCACUGACAAGGCCGGUUAUGUGCCAGGGGAGACCAUGUAUGUCUCGGGCUCAGUGGAGAACAACAGCAGCCGCGAGAUCCUACACCUCACUGUCAGGCUGAAACAGCUGGUGACGUACGUCUCCUGGGAGGGUUACACAACAAGGCGGGAAUGCAACAUCAUCAAGGAGAGGGCUCCCGGAUGCGGAGCAGGGGAGGUAGCAAGGAUGGACUGGAAGCCUCACGUGAUACCCUCCAUCCCUCCCACGGGCCCGCAAGGCUGCAGAAUCAUGAGGAUUGAGUAUGUGGUCCACUUUGAAGGUGACGUGGAGAACACACCCUUUGAUGCUAACGUGUACCUACCCAUCACCAUAGGGACAGUUCCAGUCUAUCGGCCUCCCUACCAGGACCCUUCAGGUGUGGUCGUCCAGCAACCCAGCAGCAGUGGACCACCACCUCCAAGUUAUGAGAUAGCCAUAGAGGGACUCCAGGAGGUACCCAGCAAGAGUGGCUAUGACUACACCUUUGGGAAGCUGAUGUACGCCCCCCAGUACCCAACAUACAACCUGCCGGCGCAACCGCCAGCCUGGGAUCCCAUGCACCCACCACCAGGGCAGGACCCGACCUACCCACCUGGGGGCUAUCCACCCCCCAAUGACCUGACCUACCCACCCGCGCCUGGCUACCCCCCUGCACGCAUGCAACGCUACCGGUACCAGCCGCUUUCGGGUGGCAGUGUCUACCCACCACCCAGAGUUUUGGCCAUCGUUUGAGAGUGCAACUUCUCGAGUCUAGAAGAGCUAACAGUACCAGUAAGCAGAGUGAAGUCCCUAUCAGCUAGGGUCCAGGGCCCACUGAAGGGCCUAGAUCGGUGUGUUGGCUACUUUAGAUGCUGUCUGCUGGUCUCUAAUUUAUUCCUUAUACUUGUUUUCUAAGUAGAACCGUAUGUUAGCUUGCUUGGUUUGAUUUUUCCCUUUUUUCAAAUAAAAAUAGGUUUAACAAAAUACCGAUGUGCAAUUGCCCCUCAUUUUGCAAUUUUAUUUGCCAGUAGUGAUUAAACAGCAGCAACAGAAAACUUAAAAGCAGUGUAUAGGAUUUGCAAGAUUGCAAAAAUGGGACUGUCACAUUAUCUUGAAAUAUCUUACCGUAAAGUGAGUACAUAAUAGCGUCAGACAGUCUGUGAAAUCUUAUCACCUGGAAAGCCGUCAUUUUCAAGAAAAGAGAAAUUUUAUGUUUUUUCCAAGGAAGAAAAUAAAAUUCUUUCGAAUACCGCAACCAUUGACGGGCACAACAAAACUGUGUGAAGCAUUGAGCUGCUGGAAGAGUUUAUAUGAACGGGUAAUAUUCAAGCUGUCAACAGGCCUAAAUUCAUUAUUAACUAACAAAAUAGAUACAUAACCGUGACGAACAGUCUGAAGGAAAAUUUGGACUAGUUGAAAAUUAAAAUUUCUUCAUGAAACUUUGGUAGUUUACCUCACGUGAAUAUAUCAUCUCGCUUUCACCCCUUAAGAUAAUGAUAUGGUCCAAUGACCAUUCCUUCGGAGCUCCGUACUGAAGCCUGGUUUUCUAAAACAAAACUCCUAUUUCGAGACAUUUAGCUUUCUAUUUUUCCAAUAACAGUAACUCUUAUGCCCAAAAUGCAAGGAUAGUUACCAUAUUUGUUUAUUAAUAAAGCAUUUCUGAUGGGCACUGAAAGUAUGUGGACAGCUUUUGACUAACGUAGGGGGUCUACGUACGUGUAGAGAGAGAACAGCGACUGUGUGGUCGAUCGUGUACGUGUACAUGUACAUGGUCCCGCAGUGACUGUGGUGGCUGCAGUGACUUCAAUGCCUGAUGAAAAAUUGUUUAUUCAACAAAUUCUCAGCUUUGCGUUGUUGAAGAGGAAACACGAAUGUAAAGGAAAUUUGCCAACAAGUACUACACGAAGCCAUGGAGAAAUACAUUUUUGAGGGCCAUAAUCGGUCUGCAGAUCGACCUCGCCUGUGCAUUGUUUUGUCGCUCAGGAACAUCCUGUGGCCCAUGGAUUUUUGCAAGACAAAUUACAUGAGCUGCACUUCAAGGGUUAAAACUGAACAAUGUUUUUCUCAAUUUCUCUCGACGCAUUGAUCUCAACAAAUGAAACAAGUUUGUGGAAUGAGACACAUAGUUAAUCACAAACCCCAAAAUCGGCCAAUUUUGACAAAUUGCAUUAAAAGCAAAUCCUGUACACUGCCUUUAAGAAGGAGAUAGACAAAUAAACCCUUUGUAAUAGUUUUUCAUGAUGUUUAUGCUUGUCAAUAAACUGUAUGCAGCUUAUUUUAACCUGAAGUAAAUUUUAAGUGUUAAUGUGAUAGCUGUAAUGCAUGCGCAGUUCACUGGGUUCUAUUGCAGCGUGUUGUCAGUUUAUUCCACCACAAUGUGCAUGCAAUGCAACUUCCUUCCUUGAGGGAAAAGUGAAAUUAAACCACUGGUACUGUCUUAAGCAGGCUACACACCACCUACACCUACAGGUGGCCAAGACUGCCCACCAACUGCAGGUACAGGUACAGUGAAACCAACCCUCUACCUGCAGAUGGCUUAACCCUAACAGUUCCAAAUCCUCCAAUUUCAAUGCGAUUUUACAUACACCCUAGGGGGGUAGGGUUAAGGCCACCCACCACCUGCAGGUGCAGGUAGUGAAGUCUAUUCCCCACCUGUGGUGAGGUUAUCCACCACCUGCAGGUGCUUAAGAUGAAGGAAAAACAGAUAUGGAGCCUCCAGUGGAAAAAGUCAAAGCCAUUAAGCUGGAAAAGAUUGGAAUGUUGUAAAUGGAGAGUUUUUGUUUUAAAGGAAUUAGCACCUGUUUUUUAGUGUUUGUUAAAAGGUGUAUUUUUAGCCUUGCCUGUCAUUGAUAUGAAUAUGUAUUUUUGUAGUUACAGUUACAGAUAAAUUAAUGAUAUGGUCAUGUAUUAGCAAUAUUCAUUUAUGUACUUGUAAUCUUUACUGUCUCAACAGUAUAACUGCAGGUGUUUUGUAAACUUGUAAACGAAUAAUAUAAGAUUCAUUUAAUAAUGUGUUGUGAGCUUGAAAAGCUCACAGUUGGGUUUGCUGCAAGUCAAUAUUUUUAAUAUUUACCUUUUGCGAUUUUUUUUUAAAGCAGGAUUUUAUUUUGGAGGUUUUUACAAUGUUGAACACAAUUUUUUGCUUUUGUUGUUAUGUUUUUAACUUUCUAACUUUUUUUGGCUUUUGUACAAAUAGAAACAAGACCACAGGGCUGGUACCAAAAUUGACGGGACUGGAACCCGUUCACGAGAUAUGUAGGCUAAAAGUGCCAGGGCUGAAAAAAAUCAUUGACAUGCAAGUUUGCCUAAAUGUUUUUGUUAAUUGAGCUUUAGGAAGCUAUGUUUUUACCUUCCAACCUUUGGAAUAACAUUGUACUCACAUUUGUUGGACUGUAUACUCUUUACCUUAAUUGCUGCUGAUUUCCACAUUGAUGGGCUGAAUUGUUUGUACGUUAGGAUUUUUUAUUUUGGAUGCAUUUUGUACAUGUAAUUAAUGUACAAUUAAGGGUCGUACUGAUGAAGGAUUAAGGUUUUGUAUUUUAUUACUUUGGUGUAUACAUGUAAACAUCAAACUACCACAUACCGUUUGACGACAGGCAAUGGCGGAGGAACGAUUUUCAAAGUGGGGGCCAGUUGUGAGACUAUCAGGCAUUAGCCAUUAGUAGGCCAAUCCAUUAAGCCCCACCGACAGUUGAAAAAGUUAGGGGACCACUGCCCCCUCCCCAACUGCUUCCGCCGCCAGUGACGACAAGAGUGACCUGAAAUACAAGUAUAGAAAUUGUAAAAUUAGCGGAGUACCGAAGCGUGACGUCAUUUGAACCAGAAAGUGGCUCGUUGUGCUGAGGCUAUAAUUUGUGAGAAUGUAUAAAUUGGGGGUGGCACUCGUUUAUUGAGCCGGGUUCAGUGGAGCAAUUGCAGACUAUUUUCUUCUUCAGCCACGUACGCAAACAAAAAAAGAAAUUCUAAGGAUUUGGGGGGCUAAUCAUUUAAAUAUUUCUUUAAAAAUGCAACAACUGACAAAAAAGAACACCUACACCUUGACACUUUGUAUUUGUACUUGUUUAUUUGAUAAGAUUUUUAAGUAAGGCCCAGAGGUGCGUAACGAAACUUAAAAACUAGAACACUUUCUGACCCUUGGCCCACGGCCUAUAGGGAAAGUUGUCCAAAUGUUGACCUGUUCCCGAAAUAGAAUUUUAAUACAACGGUUCUGUCGUAUCUUCCUUUUUUGCGGUGUGGGGGUGUUUUAAUUUUGUUGCGUUGGACAUGAACAAUUCACAUUAAUUAACGAACGAGAGACAAGUCAGAAUCUGUGUUCUGCUGUAUAUCUUCUUACGGAAUUAAGUUUGCUUUUCUACCUUGUGUUCUUUUCAAAUUAAUGACUCGUGAAAUUGAUAAAGGUUUCCGUCUUUGAUAAGUAGUAAAAUAUUUUUUAUAUUCAACAGUUGCAGCUGAGAAUAUGAACGAUCAGUAGAGAACAUUAUAAAAAUACAAUCAAGUCCAAACACA